AAAAGGAGACAUUUAUAACAUAUUCAAAAAAAUAUAAAAAUCAAAAAGCAAUACUAUAUCUAAUAAAUUAAAUUCUAAAAAUAAAUUCAUUAUUUAUCCGAAACUCAAUAUGCCAAAGAGAUUAACUGAUGAAGAACUUUCUGAACUUAAAGUAUGGCUUACUGAUCAACAAAUUAAUCCAAAUAAAAUGCACCGGGAGUUUUCGGAUGCAGUUCCAGUUGCCAAUUUAUUGAAAAAGUUGUAUCCCAAGUUAAUUGAUUUGCAUAACUAUCCUCCACGAAACAACACUCAACUAAAGUUAAACAAUUGGGAAACUCUCAAUUUCAAAGCUCUCGGAAAAAUUGGUCUACAACAAACAAAAUCCAUGUUACAAAAAUUAGCUACAGGAACGCCUGGAGCAAUAGAAUCGCUGCUUUAUGAUAUAAAAAUGCAAAGCAAAGCUAAACAAUCUGAUAGAAUUGACGAUCAAGAGCAAGCUUGGUCGGAAAACGAUGAUAUCAUGGCCGUCAAUGUUAGUAAAAAAAUUGGUGAUGCGAUCGUUCAAGUGCCACAAAAAAUGAUUUUAUAUUCGAUCUACGAGAACGCUAUUCGUGAAUCUCAGGCAAAAGACUCUUAUUUGAAUGCUGCUAACCAAAAAAUUGCUCACCUAGAAAAUAUAUUAAAACUUAAAGCGGAGCGCAUAGAAGAACUAUGUGCACAACUCGCAAAAGUAUCGGUGCGCAGUUUGAUAAAGCAACAUAACUUUGAAAAUUCCAGCCCUAAGUCUCUUCUUAAUUUUGAUAAUAUUGAAAAUGAGACAAAUAGCAAAAACAGCAAAAACAUUGACUACUAAAUAUUUUCUAUUUGAUAUUCCAGCUAACAUUUUGUGAUGUGUCAAAAUCAGCCAUGUAAAGUAUAUAUGAUUUAUAGACUUGUUGAAAUACAUAAAUAUUAUCCACUAUAUACAAACACAUACAUAUGUAUAUAUUUUUUAUA